AUGAAGACGGCCAAGACCAUGAAGACGGCCAAGACCAUCAAGACGGCCAAGACCAUCAAGACGGCCAAGACCAUCAAGACGGCCAAGACCAUCAAGACGGCCAAGACCAUCAAGACGGCCAAGACCAUCAAGACGGCCAAGACCAUCAAGACGGCCAAGACCAUCAAGACGGCCAAGACCAUGAAGACGGCCAAGACCAUGAAGACGGCCAAGACCAUGAAGACGGCCAAGACCAUGAAGACGGCCAAGACCAUGAAGACGGCCAAGACCAUGAAGACGGCCAAGACCAUCAAGACGGCCAAGACCAUCAAGACGGCCAAGACCAUCAAGACGGCCAAGACCAUGAAGACGGCCAAGACCAUCAAGACGGCCAAGACCAUCAAGACGGCCAAGACCAUCAAGACGGCCAAGACCAUCAAGACGGCCAAGACCAUGAAGACGGCCAAGACCAUCAAGACGGCCAAGACCAUCAAGACGGCCAAGACCAUGAAGACGGCCAAGACCAUGAAGACGGCAAAGACCAUGAAGACGACCAAGACCAUGAAGACGGCCAAGACCAUGAAGACGGCCAAGACCAUCAAGACGGCCAAGACCAUCAAGACGGCCAAGACCAUCAAGACGGCCAAGACCAUCAAGACGACGGCCAAGACCAUCAAGACGGCCAAGACCAUGAAGACGGCCAAGACCAUCAAGACGGCCAAGACCAUGAAGACGGCCAAGACCAUCAAGACGGCCAAGACCAUGAAGACGGCCAAGUCCAUCAAGACGGCCAAGACCAUGAAGACGGCCAAGACCAUGAAGACGGCCAAGACCAUGAAGACGGCCAAGACCAUCAAGACGGCCAAGACCAUCAAGACGGCCAAGACCAUCAAGACGGCCAAGACCAUCAAGACGGCCAAGACCAUCAAGACGGCCAAGACCAUCAAGACGGCCAAGACCAUGAUGACGGCCAAGACCAUCAAGACGGCCAAGACCAUCAAGACGGCCAAGACCAUCAAGACGGCCAAGACCAUGAAGACGGCCAAGACCAUCAAGACGGCCAAGACCAUGAAGACGGCCAAGACCAUGAAGACGGCCAAGACCAUCAAGACGGCCAAGACCAUCAAGACGGCCAAGACCAUGAAGACGGCCAAGACCAUGAAGACGGCCAAGACCAUGAAGACGGCCAAGACCAUGAAGACGGCCAAGACCAUCAAGACGGCCAAGACCAUGAAGACGGCCAAGACCAUCAAGACGGCCAAGACCAUCAAGACGGCCAAGACCAUCAAGACGGCCAAGACCAUCAAGACGGCCAAGACCAUCAAGACGGCCAAAGCCAUCAAGACGGCCAAAGCCAUCAAGACGGCCAAGACCAUCAAGACGGCCAAGACCAUCAAGACGGCCAAGACCAUGAAGACGGCCAAGACCAUGAAGACGGCCAAGACCAUGAAGACGGCCAAGACCAUGAAGACGGCCAAGACCAUGAAGACGGCCAAGACCAUGAAGACGGCCAAGACCAUGAAGACGGCCAAGACCAUGAAGACGGCCAAGACCAUCAAGACGGCCAAGACCAUGAAGACGGCCAAGACCAUGAAGACGGCCAAGACCAUCAAGACAGCCAAGACCAUCAAGACGGCCAAGACCAUGAAGACGGCCAAGACCAUCAAGACGGCCAAGACCAUGAAGACGGCCAAGACCAUCAAGACGGCCAAGACCAUCAAGACGGCCAAGACCAUCAAGACGGCCAAGACCACCAAGACGGCCAAGACCAUCAAGACGGCCAAGACCAUCAAGACGGCCAAGACCAUCAAGACGGCCAAGACCAUCAAGACGGCCAAGACCAUCAAGACGGCCAAGACCAUCAAGACGGCCAAGACCAUCAAGACGGCCAAGACCAUCAAGACGGCCAAGACCAUCAAGACGGCCAAGACCAUGAAGACGGCCAAGACCAUGAAGACGGCCAAGACCAUCAAGACGGCCAAGACCAUCAAGACGGCCAAGACCAUCAAGACGGCCAAGACCAUCAAGACGGCCAAGGACCAUCAAGACGGCCAAGACCAUCAAGACGGCCAAGACCAUGAAGACGGCCAAGACCAUCAAGACGGCCAAGACCAUGAAGACGGCCAAGACCAUGAAGACGGCCAAAGACCAUGA